AUGGAGGAAUCUGCCAGUAACUCUAUACCAAUUGAAGAUUCUAAAGAGCCUGCUGCACAUUAUGAGAGCGAGAGUCUCAAAGCCAAUAUGCUGGAAAGGGCAGGCUUUGAUAUCCGCCGAGAGAUAUUUAGCUAUGUCCUUCUUGUCACUCUACCGAUGAAGUUCGACCACUCUAUACUAUGGGCCGGGCGGAGCACAACUCAUAUUAGACACCGAGAACUGGACUUCCGAAAUGUCAAUUGCUUACUUUUCAGACUUAACAAAGAGCUGUCCCGUGAAGCUCUAGAAUAUUUCUAUACACAAAAUCAUUUUGUGUACUUCCAAACAUUUUAUUGUCAUGAUCUUAGACAUGCGCUCUUGAAUACAUUGCCUACGAGGAGAUUCGACCGUGAACUCCAGUCUCUCAAGAAUUAUAUGCUUUGUAUUUCACUAGAGCAUAGACACCACAAUAAUUGGAUAAAAACGGAGAAACCCUCGAAAUAUUUCGAGUCUGUAGUAAUCAGAAGUGAAGAUCUUGCAGACUUCUUUUUGCUUUUAGAUAAGUACACUAGCUCUCAGCGAAGAUCACCACUGGUAGGGAUAUCGCUCGAUUUCAAUUUGCUGAUGCCUCAAAACAGGCAUCUACAAGCAGCUCACGAAAUUUUGGAAGCCAUAAGAUUACACACAAGGGAACCCGUCCGAAGUGCUAGCUUCGAAGAGCGCCAGAUUUCUCUAUAUAUCUCUGGGGAUGUAACAGAAGAACAAAUCCUUCAGAUCAAGGACUCCAUGAGGUUAGAUCGGCUACAGCCGUCGGAUUUCGAACAGAAAGGGCGAGACUACAUGCAAAAAGCUCAGUUCUUGGCACCAAAGCAUGAUUGUGUUGAUUGGAUAAAAGCCAUGCAAUUUCUGACCAUGAGUGGCAAAUUUCCAAAAAAGCAGCUCGUGUGCGACGUAUUCGAUACCGCCGGCUCGCUUUUCACGAAGCUUAAGAUGCCACUAGAAGCAUUGGUUGCAACUAACAAUGCGUUAUGCCUUAGCGCAACAUCGAAUAGCUCAGAAACAACCCGCAGCUUGUACCAGCGACUAGAAGAGCUGUUGCUUGCAGAAGCAACGUGGGAUAUCGGUCAAUAUUUGGUAGAGGAGACUCUCAAGAAGUAUCCCGCCAAUACUCGUCUGCAAGAUGCCGCUUCUCGGAUCAGAGCCCAGAGGCAGCAAAAAGCGGAAAUGUAG